GCCUGAAGGACAAGGUCACGCACAACCAAAUGGCAUCAGCACAAUGAUAGUGACGGGGCAACAGACAGGCAAGCGAGACUAAGUGAGUCUGAGCAUUCAUGACGUGCAGCAUGCCGUUGAUUAGAUAAAAUGGUUUAGUGCUACAAGGCGACUGUUAAGAGGUGUGCUACAAGGCGAAUGUUAGUUACAAGGCGAGGUUUGCUAGACUGGGAGUUUAAUCAAAUCCACAUUACCACCACGUGAGUGAGGACGGCGGGUCUACCACCAACAAAGACGGCUACAUCACCUGAUAAACCUACCUUUGUCCUUCAGGCAUCAGCUUUAGCGACCAGCAAAUUAAAAAGUUACAGUUAAUACAAACAUACUGACUCAAGAAUAGAUAUCCAAGGCAAAUGUUACAGUGCGACACGUCCGGUGUGGUGCCAGUUACCCAUUUCAGCGUCAGUGACCAUCCGGACCAGCUCCUCGUCCGUCACCUCUGUGGUGGGGGGCGGCGGAACCGAGGGACGCUGGUCUCUGACGGAAGACACCGCUAUGGGGGGGGGGGCAACGGUUAGUAAAUCGUGUACACUCAACCUCUGUUGUGUGAAACAGAAAGAAAGAGCUACCGACCCGGAGCUGCAGGCCGUGCUGGGGUCAUCAGUUUCCUGAUCCGGGCCUGCAGCUCCCCUGGGCCCAUCGGACGCCCGCGCACAAGGGCCGAGAAAUUGGGAGCGGUCGGCUUGCGGGGCGGCAGCACGGUGGAAGCAGCGGGCUUGCUGGUGGUGGUGCUGAGGCCGCUGCUGGUGCUGCUGCUGGCGGGCGGAGGGGGUGUAGCAGCCGCCUCCGCCGACCGCUCCUUGUCUCGGCCCGAGAAGUACUUUAUGGCGACGUCCAUGGCGCUCCCAGGCUGCGGCCGCCGUAGCCACUUGACGUAGCUGCAAGACAAUGAUCGAAAAUCAACACGCACGUAAACAUGUCACAGCACCAUCUCCACUGCCCUUCACCACAAUAUGACUUACGUCUGACGCUCCUUCUCCUUGGAGUCGUACAGGUCCUUCAGGGUGUCCUCCUUGAACAGCCCAAAGCCAACAAGCGCCUCGCCCCCCCGCCCGGGUAGAGUGGCACGAGCCCGGGCCUCCUCCUGCGCCCGGCGGAACUUGAGGUGCUCCGCAAAAGCGGGGUGGGCGCAGGAGUAGCGGGCGAGGCUGUCCUUGUUGGCCAUGAACGGGCUGUCCGAGGCACUAGUCUCCCGCUCCCGCUGGUGACUGGCGACCAGGUGACAGGCGUAGCCGGCGUCGUUCUCCAGGAGCCACCGGAAGGUCUGACCCUGGUACUUGCCCAGCUGGAUGCUGUGGCAGCCCAGCACCAGCAUGGGGUUCCCAGGGUCACCACCCUCGGAGACGACGCGGGCUCGGGCCUCCUUCUCCACCUCCCCCGGCUUCUUGGCCCUGGUGGGAGCCGCGUGGCCCCAUGGCGGCGGUGAAGGCUGCCGCCGCAUCAGAGGCCCGCAGGACCAACUGAUGCGACGGCGUCAUUUUUAAAUUUGCAAAAGACAUCUACAAUGACAACAAAUAACAUGACACAGCAUUAAACGAGCAUUGCAUUAAACGAGCAUUACAGUUUACUCCCUUAAAGUGACUUUUAUGUUCAUGGAUGCUUACAGGAAAGAUAACAGAUGGUUUGACAGGUUGGAAUGCUAACCGCCGCACAAUCCGUUUCAAUGGGAAUCGCGACUCUCCGUAAUUUCAACAUUAAUUUUAACAUUUAUAAUUUGAAAUUCGUCCCAGCCUUUAUACCACAUACACACUAUGGUCUACAGCAUAUAACCGAGUCGUCCUCUCACAUUUUAAUGCAUUUUUCACGGUUUACCAGUACUCGUUUUCAAGGCUAACUCCCGCGCAAUCCGUUUCAAUGGGAAUCGCGACUCUCCGUAAUUUGAACAUAAAUUUGAACAUAUUUAUAAUUCGAAAUUGGUCCCAGCCUUCAUACCACAUACACACUAGGGUCUAUAUAGCAUAUAACUGAGUCGUCCUCUAACAUUUUAACGCAUUUUUCACGGUUUACCAGCUCUCGUUUUCAAGGCUAAUCGCCACAUCCUACCUUAUCAUCGAAUGCAGAGAUAAUGGCUGACACACGUGGAAAGUUUUCCUGGAGUUGAUGCUGAUGCGGGUUGCUGAUUGGGCGGGGCGCCCCUGGAGUUGAGGUCCCUGGAGUCGAUGCGGGUUGCUGAUUGGGCGGGGCGUCCCUGGAGUUGAGGUCCCUGGAGUCGAUGCGGGUUGCUGAUUGGGCGGGGCGUCCCUGGAGUUGAGGUCCCUGGAGUCGAUGCGGGUUGCUGAUUGAUCGGGCGUCCCUGGAGUUGAGGUCCCUGGAGUUGAUGCGGGGUUGCUGAUUGGCUGAGAAACAGAGAGCAUCGCUGGACAGAUAGCGCAAGGAUGACACGCAAAUUCGUGAAGCGUUCUAUCUUUUAAGUUUUAAUUCAAAGUUUUGGAGUUCUAGCCAACUUCCUUCAUAUAGCUGCCAUUGACCUCCCCCAUGUAAAAUCUUGUGAAAAUUUGACCACGUGUGGAGUCAAAAAAAGUUCCCACAGAAAGUGUCUAGGAGCAUGUUUUAGGCCAUUUUGAGUCGUUUGCUAAUGGGUUAAGGUUAGGUUAAGGGCAACUUACCACUUUUCAAAAACGUUUUUUUGGACCUAGCUCGGGCAAACAGCGGGGCGUGGGAAUUCCGAGACCACCCUCGGAUAGCUCUAGCCCCAGCGGACUUUUUUGGGUACUGCAAUCUUGAUUUUAAAAAUUUGAAGUGAAGCGAUUUAAAGGAACAGCGGAGCGUGGGAAUUCUGAAUGGUGCCCGUGGUAGCCCUGGGGCCCCUCUACAUGCCCUAGUCCCUAUUGUGGGCGAUAUUAUUGAAAUUGGCAAAUUCCUGUGUUCCACACACCGCACAACCCCAGGAAAUGCUGAAACGAUUACAAAAUAACCUGCACCUCAUACACAGCAUUGUACCAUGAAUUUUAACAUUGUUUAGUUUUGAAUAAAGCAAAAAAGACUUACCUUAGAGUAGUCCUCCGUCUUCGUUGGUUCAUUUUGGUAGGGUAACUAUGAAGCAGAAGGGAGGGAAUUUGGCGCCCCUAGUGGCAACUUUUUUUAUCAUUCGAAAACACCUAAACGCGUUGCCAUGGGAACAGGGAGAGGGGCGUGGGAAUAUGAACCCUAUGGGGUGGUAGCUAUGGAUCAGGGCUACGUCUGUGCCAAGUUCUGGUAUAGAAAAUUGAAUUUGAAAUGUUCAAAUUUGUGCUACUCGGCAAGGGAAAAAGGGGUAUUAACGAUAUUUGGUGUGGAAGGUGCUCUAGGCUCCUUAGGCAGGUGUGUGAAGUUUUGGAGUUCUAGCUAACUUCCUUCACAUAGCUGCCAUUGACCCCCCCCCCCCCCCAUGUACAAUUUUGUGAAAAUCUGACCAAGUGCAGAGUCAAAAAAAAGUUCCCACAGAAAGUGUCUAGGAGCACGUUUUAGGCCAUUUUGAGUCGUUUGCUAAUGUGUUAGGGUUAGGUUAAGGGCAACUUACCACUUUUCAAAAACGUUUUUUUGGACCUAGCUCGGGCAAACAGCGGGGCGUGGGAAUUCCGAGACCACCCUCGGAUAGUUCUAGCCCCAGCUGACUUUUUUUUGGUCCCGGUGAACCCUCGGCAUAGCCACUAAUGUAGGCUAGGGUGCGAGAAAUUUGAAACUGGCUAAAAGGCGUAAAUACUAGGUCCCGGUGCACCCUCGGCCUAGUCCCUAAUGUGGGCGAUAUUUUUGAAAUUGGCAAAUUCCUGUGUUCCAUACACCGCACAACCCCAGGAAAUGCUGAAACAAUUACAAAAUAACCUGCACCUCAUACACAGCAUUGUACCAUGAAUUUUAACAUUGUUUAGUUUUGAAUAAAGCAAAAAAGACUUACCUUAGAGUAGUCCUCCGUCUUGUCUGUGCCAAGUUCUGGCCACCUGGUGGCUUGUUUUGGUAUAGAAAAUUGAAUUUGAAAUGUUCAAAUUUGUGCCACUCGGCAAGGGAAGAAUUUGUGCCACUCGGCGAGGGAAAAAGGGGUAAAGGGGUAUUAACGAUAUUUGGUGUGGAAGGUGCUCUAGGCUCCUUAGACAGGUGUGCGAAGUUUUGGAGUUCUAGCUAACUUCCUUCAUAUAGCUGCCAUUGACCCCCCCCCCCCCCCAUGUACAAUUUUGUGAAAAUCGGACCUGCUUCCCAGCGGCUAUGGGGGGGCAGCUUAUGUGCUUAAAAUACGUAACAAUAUCAUUCUAAACAAAUACAAAAUGGUCACCAAGGUCAAGGCCACCCUCCCCACACCACACUCUACAAACAUUAUUCGAGAGUGCCCCCUAUUGGACAUAAAGUAUAACUUGGCAACCGUUAAGUAAAUACGAUCUCAUUCUAAAUAAAUACAAAACGGUUACCAAGACCCCCCUCCCCACACCACACUCUACAGACAUUAUUCAAGAGCGCCACCUAUUGGACAAGGAUGCAAUUCAGGUCUAUAAGUAACAAGACAAGAAAAUAAAAUUCACAAUAAGUGCUUUUGGUCUGUCAUAUUUUGCAUAUUGUAAUGUAAUAAUAAUUAUAACAUAACACAGCUAAAACCAGGGGACGACACUAUUCAUCUCAAGGUAUAUAUUCAUUUAUCUCAAAAGAAGUGUUUACUGUAUGUGUUUCUCAAUGUCCUGUAAUCUUUGUCUUUGCCAGAAGAGACUCUUCCACUGACAGAAGAAGGAGGCCCCCCAUUGACAGAGGAAGAAGGCCCCCCACCAACACGCAAGAGAGAUACACCAUCAGCAGCAGAAGAUGACCGUGUCGGAGCCGCAACACCUGUUGAAGGUUGUUUUGUUUAAUUCCUUCUUUGAUUUUAGCAGAAUAAGUACAAUGGACACCUGAAAAUUACAAAAAAUAUCUCAGACAUGGCCUUCUCUUCAUCAGAAAACCCAACCCAACUAUCAUAAAGGUGAAUAUAGCUUUGGCCACUGUAACUGUAAGCCUGAAUGCAUUAAACAAUGGCUGGGUAGACAGUGAAAAAUAUCUGAUACUGCUGGUUCUGUAAUUCUGAACAUCGACGUGUCCCUGAAUCGAAAUCGAGGGUCCAUUUUCGAUUAAUUGCCCAGCCCUACUGGUACCUGGAUGUACUUAUUUUAUUUUUUUUACCUGCUCCUUCAGGUUUCCACAAAAGCAGCCUCGUACUUUAUAAAAAGUGACCUCGACACAUUGCAGACACUGAUUGGUUCCGAGAUUUGUCACAGACAAUAACCACGCACGGGGUAAAAGUGUCUAGGCGUCAGUUGCAGCAGCCAAAAAGGGCACGCCAUGCUCUUUGGGGGAGCUACAAACCUUCAUGUUGCUCACUCGCGAAACGACAGAAAGGCUGGAUGACUCCACUCAUAUCUAGCAAGUGGACCAGCAGCUUUAUGGAAGUCCUGUGCGUCAUCCAGGGGGUACUAUUUUUGCAGUGGAAACUGUCCCCCCAAAAGGUACCAGCUUCCAAAAGCGAGUAGAGCCAAUACCGCGAGUGGGAACGUGGCUUAAAGGAGAGAUUGAAAGGGAUAAGAUGUGACUUAAAUAAUAGAGAAAUUACAACAUCAGAAAUUAAGUCCACAUCUUUCAAUCUCAUCAAGCAUACAAUGAGUCCCGCUGCACAAAGGCAUUUCCUCUCAUGUUUGUUUCCUUGUCUGUAUAUCUAACAAAUAUAUCAUUCAUCUAUUUCAUAGAAUCAUCAGCAGAGGUGAGGAAUGCAGUCCCAUCAGUGAGCAAGAGGAGCAAGCCACUUUCUGGAGAGGAUGACCGGCUCACAGCUGUGAUGUCUGUCAAAGGUGAUUUAAAACUUUUUUUUUUUCAUUACAAAUCAGAUCAACUCAAAUGUGAAUUGCAACAGCAGUACGCUCGCAGUGCCACUGCUUAAAGCUAAUGGGUCUGGUGAUGUUCCAUGGUGGCAUAAAUCACUGGGUGCCAGAACACAGUAAUAAUCUCUGAACAUCGAUGAUCUUGUGUGAAAUGGUGACUGAACCAUGUACAGUCCUUUGUGUGGUCAGGUAAACAAGAUAUGUACUACAUAAGUGUAAGGUCUAUGUGUUGACAUUUUUUUCACCCACUCACAGGUAAAGCUCCCAGGAAAAGAAAACCAUGGCAGGACGAAGAGGUAAAAGCCGUUGAAAAGCAUAUGAAGCGGUUCAUCACUUCAUGCAUCAUCCCUUCAAAGAGAGACUGUGAAAAGUGUCUAAGAGCUGAGCCAGCAGCUCUCAAUAAUCGGGAUUGGCAAAUGUUAAAAUAUUAUGUAUACAACCGCAUCACAGCAUACAAAAAGAAAGUCCAGCAUUCCUAAUGUUUAAAAAAGGCUGAUUCUGCUAGUUUUGUGAGCAGUGCUUUGCUUAUGUCUUAUGUUAUGGUUAUUUUCACUGUUUUUCUUAGCUUAAUACUUGAAAGGGAAGGCAAGGCAACUUUAUUUAUAUAGCACUUUUCAUACACAAGGCAGACUCAAAGUGCUUCACAUAUAAACAUUGUCAUACAAUAAAAUAAAAUAAUAGAUAAGUAAAAGAAAACAUAUGCAAGAAAUGAGAAAUAGAAAGUUCAAUGUAUUUAAGAGAAAAUUAAAUUGAAAGUUAAAAAGGCUUUUUAGUAAGUAAAAUUGAAAGUGCAAUGUAUUUAAGAUCAGAUCAACAGUCUCUCUGGAACCCAAGUCGGGACUACAACCCGACCUAAAGGACAAUAUUCUAGGACUCUAACCCAGCUUCUAGGACUCUAGCCCAGACCAAAUGCCUUAUUCAACAAAACUCAGGACUCUAACCCUUAUACACAAACUCAGGACUCUAACCCUUAUACAAACAAACUCAGGACUCUAACCCUUAUACAAAUACAAACUCAGGACUCUAACCCUUAUAUAACUGGUUGUUAUGACUAACAACCAGUUGAUGCCAGGAAGUGAUUAAGUUGCUGGAGGACGACUUUCUCAAUGAUUUUACUUAUGAAGGGCAGAUUUGGUAUUGGUCUGUAGUUGUUAAUAAUAGAGGUAUCUAGGCUCCGCUUUUUUAAAAGGGGUUUAAUAACUGCAGUUUUCAGGGCUUUUGGGAAGUUGCCUGACUGGAGAGAGUUGUUAACUAUCUGCAAUAUGUCUAUUGCUAGGCAGUCAAAAACAUUCUUAAAGAGGUUGGUAGGUAAAGAAUCAAGGCAACAGGUGGAUGGCUUUAGUUGUGUAACAGUUUCCACAAGAGUUUUAGAGUCAAUAACAUUAAAGCAUGCCAUCCCUGCCACGUUACUUUUGCCUGAAAAGGGUGGUAGUCCAACAUUUUUGUUUGAAGUGGAGAUAUUGAUGGCGCGUCUGAUGCCUUCAAUUUUAUCAGUACAAAAAGCUGCAAACACAUUCCAUUUCUGCGUGGAAUGGAGAUCAGGUGGAAUUUGUGUUGGGGGGUUGGUCGGUCUGUUUGCAAAUAGGGUUUUUGCAUUAUUAUUAUUGGAGAAAAAUGUUUCUCUAGCACUUUUUAAGUCUGAAUUGUAGGCAUGGAGGCUCUCUUUGUAGAUAUCAUGGUGAAUAUGAAGUUUUGUUUUACGCCAGAUACGUUCAACCUUCCUGCAUUCUUUUUUCUGUGCUGUUACAGAAGCAGCUUUUCUCCAGGGUGCCUUUUGCUUUCCAGAAAUCGUUUUAACCUUAUAAGGUGCAAUGACAUCCAUGACUUUCAAAAUUUUCAAAUUAAAGUUUUCUACAAGAUCAUCAGCAGAACAUGGGUUGAGAGGUGGUAGUAAGGAGAUGGCCUUUCUAAAAAGUACAUACGGUUCUUCAUUGAUAUACCGUUUUUUGACAGUAUUUGAUUUUGUCUGUAUGUUACGGUGGCCGAGAGGGGUCACAACACAUGCAAACGCCGCAACGCCUGCAUAUACAGAAAACACCUGCAAAUUCGGAAAACACUUGCAUAUUCAGAAAACACUUUCAUCGAUUACACAACACGUGCGCUGCAAAUGCCAAAACACAUGCAAAUUCAGAAAAACACAUGCAAACUCAGAAAACCCCUGCAUCGACUUCAUAACACGAGCAAAUAGGGAAACGAACUGCAAGUUAUGACAACGGAAAUGUGUCCCGGGGGACCAUAAUCAGUGACGGACCCAUAUCCGGUUGGCGGUUCUUUUCAAUUACGAAGGUGUUAAGUCGUUUGAUUGUGCGGCAAGAGGUACGUGUUUCUUUUUUAUUAUAAUAUUGAAGUGGUUUUGUGUGUUUUCAACCAUGACUAAAUAUGUUUUCAACAUAUUUAGUCAUUGUCCCCAUAACGUAUUAGAUAGUAUUAGACAGAUAAUUGUUAAACGUUCUUCAAACGUUGUUAGCUGGAAGCUAGCUGGCUAGCUCGCUCCCGGUCACUAAAUAGCAUUAUUUGUGGUCGUUUCUACAUUGUUGUCAUGACGUGGUAAUGCAAGAGAAGGCCUGAUAUCUGAACUAUUUUUUAUUUAUUUUUUUAUCUUUCAGAUUGACAUGUUCUGCCCGUUCUGUGCGGUGCAACUGGGGGACGCUCCCAAGUUUUGCCCGUCAUGUGGGCAGAAUGUGGGGUUCCUUACACCGCUCCCAUCAACUCCAUCCACCUCGUCAAGCCUCACCGCGAAGGCUGUGGGCCUACAGUGAAUGAGACGAGGAAGGAAGGAAGAGCAGCUCAAUUCUUGAGGUUCAGGGAGGUUAAAGAGGCUGAGAGGAGGACCUCCUUUUCAAAGCUUAAAAAGAAGCAGGCCAUUACAGUGAAGAUUUCGAUUGGCAUCAUGUCAAGGACCAAGAAUGGUUUAAAACCUCAAAGAGGGAAAACCAUGCCGUUAAAUGUUGAACCCCAGUGGUCAACAACCCAAAUCUUGCCAGCUGCUUUAAAGAAGCACCAAGAUUUUAAUCAAAACGCAAUGGUAGAUGGAGAAUAUGUGCUUCUCUAUCCUGAUGGAUCUCAGGUAGAAAAUAUACCUGGUACAGACAGACCUUUUGUUCUUGAACAUUAUAAAGAGGCAAUUGGGAAAUCUUACCAGAGGAUUACGCUGUACAUCUGCCUUCUUCAGGAUUUGAGUUAUGGAGAUGACUCAUCUUCAGAAUCCGAUGAUUGUGAAGCAUUUGGUCGGCUUCCAAUGAAAAUGUCCCCAAAACAAUCUCUGCCAACAACAUCCAGGGCAUCUGGUGGGCAAGCCAAUGGAGCAGGAGCAGGACCCAAAAAGACCACAUCACCAAACACAUCAUGUGAAUUCUACAAUACAUAUACAAAUGUAUAUGCACCAGUUGUCAUUGACAGCAGUUCCUCAGAUGUUGAGGAAGUCGACUACUCUCAGGUGGAAGACAGAGAGCAAGUUUUUGGACUGACUGCUGCUGACGUUUUGUCCAAUCUGUCAGAAGCUAUUGACACGAGCAACUGCAGCAGGUUCAACAUCAACCGUGCCAAUGUCUGGGAUGGGGCUCUGAGGGGAUUUAAGCGGUCCUCGUUUGACCCCACCGGUAGCCUUUUGGUGAAAUUCACCGACGACAUCGGGCAGACUGAGGACGCCAUUGACACAGGAGGGCCUACGCGGGAAUUCCUCACACUGUUGAUGGACGCCAUUAAAAACAGGCGUUUUUUUGAAGGCAGGGAAGAUGGCAAAUACCUGUCAUUUGACAGCAAAGCUGCAGACGGUGAUGAGUACUUCCAUGUUGGAAGAAUGGUGGCCAUGUCCAUUGUCCAUGGUGGUCCAGGGCCUCGUUGCUUUUCCGAGAACUUCUACCACUACCUAGUGGGUAAGGUGAAGACUAUUGAGGCCCCAAUUGCAGACGUACCUGAUCCUGAUCUCAGGAAUGUUCUCCUUGAGAUUAAGAAUGCAACAACCUUGGAAGAACUCUUGGAACUUAACGAUAAGCACGCUAGCAUGCUUCAGACAGCAGGAUGCUAUCGAUGCCUGAGGACACUGGAGGAUAAGGAACAAGUUGUAAAUGAUUACAUCCAGUGGUAUUUCACCUACCGCAACCAUGUUUCCUUCCAGAGGUUCAAGGACGGCCUGGCUACCCUGAACCUUUUCAAUGCUCUGGAACAACAUCCCUCCCUGUUCCAGCCUUACAUGGUUUACAGCGUGGAAGACCUGAAAGCAGAGACUCUAGAGGCGCUGUUCCGUCCACAAAUGAGCCCAACUGGUAGCUCAAACCGCCAGGAGGAGGAGAGAGUGCUUGGCUACUGGCUGGACUACUUAAUCGCUGUAAAAGAGGAAGCAUCUGGGCUGUCCCUGCAGGACGUUCUGAUGUUUGCAACAGGCCUAAAAGAAAUCCCAGCAGCAAAAUUAACACCACAGCCUCAACUCACGUUCCAGAAACACUCAAGGUUUCCUGAGGCUAAUGUCUGCUCAAAUACAUUGAAACUCCCGAUAUUACCCUCAUAUGAGAUGUUUGAGGAAGCCAUGAGUUAUGGAAUUAGGAACUCCCCUGGAUUUGGUCUCUUUUGAGACCUGCAACUGUUUUUUAUCAGACAUGCAACUGUUUUAACCUGCAUUUCAAAGUUCAUUGUGCAGUGGCUGUUAGUUUGUCACGGUCUGUACAUAUAAAGCUAUAUAACAUUGUUUAAAGAAAUUAAAUUAUUUUCAUAAGGUGUACGACGUUUGUCUCUUCUGAAACAUUGUGAGAAUUUAGACUUGUUUUUCUUUGCAUAAAUUGGUCAUGAAAUGUAACCUGAUCUUGCAUGAAAGUCACUUUUAGCUUCAGUGUAUUUGUUUAUACUAGGUGAACCCCAAAAACAGUCAUUGUGGUGGUGGAAAAGGUUUUAAUUUAACCAUGGGUCAAACUUUUUAAACAUUGAAGAUGUCCAUAACAAUACACACUGGAGGCAGUGCUGUCUGAAAGAAAAAGUGGCAUAGCUACACUCAUUGAGUCUAGCUUCCCUGCUUACUAAGCAGGUACUGCUUAAUGUGCCGGAACGCUGAUCCACUGUCGCCUAAAAUAAAUGGAACAUGAACAAAAUAACUGAAUAGAAAAAAAACGAUGUCCAUAUUAUUGACAUUUAGUCCAAUGAACUACUGUCCAACACUGGGGGAAUGUGCUGCUGGUCAAGCAUGAGGAGGUGGGGCGUCCCAGUUCAAAGCGAGCACACCAUCCAACAAGGCAAUUCUAAAGUCCAGCCAUCUCCUUAAGUGCAAGGUAAUUGUCAACAGCAGCUGGCCAGUUGAUGGGUGGAGCGAGCUGGCUCUGUCUCUCCAAGUUGGCAAAAUAUGCUUGGAGAUCAUCAUCUCCACACAAACUGUUUGUAGGUGGCAGAAGGUCUUUGAACUCCUGUAACACUUGGGGAUCCACUUGGAAUCCACAAUCCCUUCCACCAAACCUAAGGCCGCACAGAAAGCACAACAGUGAACUCAUGAAUAGUUAUAUUUCAAUCUUGAAGGCUAGGGUAUAGGCAGUCAAUCAUGAUGGCUUUGGUAACGAAUACAAAGACCUACACAGUGAAAAUGCAACCUAGCAUUUAAUGAAAAUGACAGUACAGGUGCUAUAUACAAACCUGUGAGGCAGGUGGUACAUGGUCUCCGGUUUUCCAGAUGGACAGAGAGACUGACGGACAGGCCUGAUGGUGUGGUUGUUCCAAAGCUCUCGGUGCUCAUCAAGCUCUUUCUGAAAAAUGCCCAGGAAGACAUACCGUACAAGGCACUUGUGUUCAUGGGUGCCGUUGAAGUGGUGCCUGUCUCUCAGGUCACUAAA